AUGUCUCCGGCGCCCAGCGGCGGCAAGCGCGGGAGGGUCCCUGACCCGGAGGAGGACGUCUACGUCGACAACCUCCACUCCCACAAGCUCUACCUCACCGAGAUAAUGGCAUCCAGCAUGAAUGGCUUGUCCGUUGGAGAUUCAGCUCCUGACAAUAUCAUGGGGUCCCCAAUGAGACUGGAGAAUGCUUAUUGCAUUAGGUAUUCAUACCUUAAUUCUCUAUACAUCCUUGUUAUCUAA